AGAGCUUUCGGUGCAGAUUGUUCAGAGCUUUGAAGUCGCGCGGAUUGUUGCUGAACAUAUUUAUUUAAAAAAAUGGAUGAUAAAACGAUCGAUCAAAUUUUUGCUGGAUCUUUGGAUAAUUUACCACCGGUUAGCUCAAAGAUUGUGAGGAUAUUUACAAGCUCAACUUUCACAGAUACAACAAUGGAAAGAAACACUUUGAUGGCUAAAUGCUACCCGAAAAUUAAAGAUUAUUGCAGAGAAAAACACGGAUUAGAAUUUCAGGUGGUUGAUAUGCGUUGGGGGGUCCGCGACGAAGCAACAGACGAUCACAUGACCACCGAAUUAUGCAUGAAAGAGAUCCAAAACUGUCAAAGAUUAUCGAUGGGUCCAAAUUUUGUUGUUUUUCUUGGCCAAAAAUACGGAUAUCGCCCGAUUCCGACUUACAUUUUAAGCUCGGAGUUGCAAAUGAUUCGCGAUGAGUUACCGACAGAUGGAGCUACGUUAAUCGACACUUGGUACAGGAAAGAUGCAAACGCAGUUCCUCCAAUUUCCGUUUUACAACCGAUUAGUUCAAUUUUGGUUAAUUUUAAUAAUAAAAGGAUUCCAAAAUUGCAAGCUGAAGAUCAAGCCGUGUGGUGGGGGACUUUGGAAAAGUUUCAAAAACUUUUUCGAAAAGCUUCGAGCUCUUUGUAUCAGCAAGGAAAGAUGGAUAGAGACGCGAUGCAUAAUUAUUUUAUGUCGGUGACGGAGAGGGAGGUUAUUAACGGGAUUUUAAACGUGAGGAACACAAAAAAUCAUUGUUUGGCUUAUGUGAGGAUGAUCAAUAACAUUAAUUUGCAAAACUUAAAAAAAGCUUCGUUGUUUGUUGAUAUAAUAAAUCGAAGUGUUGAUGGGGAAGCCACCAAAUUAUUGGCGAAUUUAAGAGAUGACAGAUUACCCAAGAAAAUUGAGACAACAAAUAUGCAAAAAUACACAAUCGAUUGGAUUGGGAGAGAAGGUUUAGAUACAGCAACUCACGAAGAAUACCUAAAACAUUUCAUAACCCACUUCUACAAAAAUAUCAUUAAACUGGUGGAUAGAGCGAUGCGGAAAGAAGAUUCGAGUCCUCAAGGUCAAAUAAUAACCGAGAUUCUACAACAUUUACACGCUUGUAAUAAUUCGGUGAAAGUCUUUUAUGGAAGAGAAGAUAGUUUGGAGAAAAUAAAAAAUUACAUGCUCGGAGAUUCCGAUAAGAUUUUGGUACUUUACGGGGAUGGAGGAUGCGGAAAAACAUCUCUUUUAGCAAAAAGCGCUAGCAUGUCAACUAGUAAAGAGUGGUUCCAAGGCGCUAAACCCAUCAGCAUCGUCCGCUUUUUAGGAACAACUCCAGAUUCGAGCGCUUUAACACCAACUUUAAUCUCAAUUUGUCAACAAAUUUCUUAUAACUUUAUGAUACCUUUCGAGACGAUUCCGGACGAUAUCGUCCCGUUAACUGCACAUUUUAAACAGUUAAUAACGAUGGCCACUAAAGAUCAGCCAUUUUUUUUCUUUUUGGAUUCGGUUGAUCAAUUAACAGGGACUCAAGAUGCGAAUAAAGUCGCUUGGUUACCCACGAGACUUCCUCCACAUUGCAAAAUCAUCGUUUCAUGCGCUUGCGAACAAUCCAACCCGGAAGUUUCACGAGAAUACCACAUUUUACGGAGAAUGAUCGACGUUGAAGAUAAUUUCAUUGAAGUCACAGCUUUGGGAGAGGAUUUAGCUAUGCAAGUUAUAAAGAUGUGGAUGGGAAGAGCUUGCAGAGACCUAACGAACUAUCAAUGGAGAUUAGUUUCGAACGCGAUCGAAAAAUGUUCUUUGCCGAUUUUCGUAAAACUAGUUUUCGCGGAAAUUUGUCGCUGGAGGAGUUACACGAAAUCGAACGACACCCAUUUAGCAUCGACCGUAAUGGACUCAAUCAUGAUGUUAUUCGAACGAAUCGAGAAACAACACGGAAGAAUCUUAGUUUUCCACGCUUUGGCUUACAUCACAGCCGCGAAAAGCGGCCUAUCCGAAUCGGAACUCGAAGAUUUAAUCUCGUUAGACGACAAAGUCUUGGACGAUGUUUACCAGUAUCAUUUACCACCAGUUCGGAGAAUCCCCCCUUUACUAUGGACACGAAUCAGAAACGAUUUACCGAAUUAUUUAUCAGAACGCGAAGCCGACGGGGUGAGCGUCAUGAAUUGGUAUCAUCGCCAAUUUCGAGAUACAGCAAAAGAGAGAUAUUUCAAAAACAUGAAUAUGGCCAUGUAUUUCCACUCGAUGAUAGCCGAUUAUUAUUUGGGGAUAUGGGGCGGGGGGAAACCCAAACCAUUCAAAUUUACCGAGAUUCAAAGGCACCGAUUUAAUCUCCAAGAUAGAGAAGGAAGCGCAGAUCGAAAAGUUCCCGUUCAACCCCUAUUUUUUUAUUCGAAAGAUGGUAAAAUUUCGAGAUACAAUCUAAGAAAAUUCGGGGAAUUACCUUAUCACUUGGUGCGUUCGAAACGUUUUAAGGAUCUUUACGAAAACGUUUUGUUUAAUUACGAGUGGUUGCACGCGAAAUUGUCGAGUUGCCCCUUACAGGCCGUUUUGGCCGAUUACGAGGACGCCAGCACUCACCGCAACGAUAAAGAAGCAAAAAGAGAGUUGAUGUUGGUCGCCGACGCUUUGAGAUUGGGCGGGGCCGUUUUGGCUUUGUACCCGAAUUUGUUAGCGCCCCAAUUAGUUGGGAGAUUACUCCCCGAGAGCCCUUCAAACCCAAACAUUAAGAUGUUAUUAAACGAUUGCGACAUAAAGGGGCCAAUUCAUUGCGCUUUAAUGCCGUUGUAUCAUUGUUUGCACACCCCAGGGGGGCCCUUAAAG